AUGGUCGGAGUUCCUGGGAAAUACAAGGGCUGCAAUUCUUGCCGUGUCAGGAGAGUCAAGUGUGACAACGAACGGCCCUUUUGCCGAAAGUGUAUCGACAGUGGCCGCGAGUGUCUCGGUUAUGAGCGAGAAACCGUCUUCAUCAUCGGAACCAUCGAGGAGGCGGUCGUUGCCAAAGCUUCGACCUCGUCGAGAAGUGGAGGAGAGGAGCCCGAGGAGAGGGAGAAUCCACAACCGCCGCCACAGCAAAAGCACCAUUACCAGAAACCUCAGCAGCAUUAUCCGGAGCUCUUCUUUCCGGAUCAGCCGCUUCAGUCGGCCUGGGACGACUUCAUCUCGUUAUCGACACGUUCUGGGAUGAAGUACAACGUGCAGUUUACGGCACUGAAUACUCGGCUUCAGAAUGUCGUCCGCGCUGGUGACGGUAGUAUGGAGGCUUUGGGCGAGUUCGCUGUGAGCUCGAUGGCGGAAUACGAAGUUCCGAGCUUGCAGCUUUACUUCAGCCGCCACGACUUUGAGUUGAAAGCGCAGUGUUUGAUUAAUCUACUGGAAAGCCAGGAUGGGGAUCCAUACAUGCCAUGGGUCGGUUCAUGUGUUUUCCUUUACGAGCACAACAAUUCGACCCUUUACACGAAUCUCUACAGCGGUCAGCCGUCUCUGAAAGAUCCGGCUGCUCAUGGUGAUUCCAUCAGACGCGCUGGACCAGAGAAAUUCCAGACGUUCCCUGAUCAUCACUUUUUUGUCCGAGUCUACCGGCCUAAUGCUGUCCUAACCGCCCUACUCAACCGCACCCCCACCUUCCUCGAGUCCGCAGAAUGGACCUCCACCCCCUGGGAAAAACAGCCCAAAUCCCUUCUCGACCAACUCUUCGAUAUCAUCGCCCUUCUCCCGCGCAUCCUUUCUCGCGCAGAUCGAGUAGUCGCCGAAGAAGUCCCUUCGCUUCCCCGUCGCCAGCGUGCUCAAGACCUCCUGACCAACUGCCUUAACAUCGAACGACAACUCAACGCUUGGUCUGCGUCUUUCAGCGCUGAGAUGACGGCGGCUAUUUCGCGCCAGACAACAACGGCUGUUAUUACGCCUUCUUCGUCGUCGACUUCGAUGUCAGAGUAUGGGCAGUCUAUGUCUCCGCCGUACCUAACAACUCCUCCCACGACGACGACAACUUCAUAUCCAUACCUCUCACCCUCCUCCUCACCAUAUUCCCACCCACAAACUCAGACUCAGACUCAGACUCAGACUCAGGCAAACUCUCACCGCCGCUCCCCAUCAAAUUCCAUAUCCCGCUCAAGAGGUACUCCCUCACCCACUCCCCCCGCCUCUGCCUCCGCAUCUUCCCCGCGCUUCCAACCAUACCCAACCUCAUCCCCUCACCAGAAACCACAACCGCCCAAGUCUCGCCGUCCCUCUCCAUCUAUUAGUAAUUCCCAGCCGCAGCUAACCUUUGGCUAUGCAUACCCAUUUACCAACCCGCCACUAGCCUUCCCGACCUCUCAGCUUGCGCUGGCGUAUAUCGUGUAUUGUGCCAGUCUUAUGCAGUUGUAUCAGGCUGUUGAGAGAGUGUAUUGGAGCAUCUUUGAGCCCUUACCGCUUACCGACCUUACUACCGAAAAUCAUCUGGCAAACAUGCAGUGGCAGGUUCCUGUGGACUUGGUCAGUAACAUUGAUCCGGCGAGGUACGGAACUAAAGUUGUAAAAGGGUUGGCGGAGCGGGUGGGGAGGAGUUUGGAGUUUGCGUUGAGUAAUGGGACUGAGCCGGGGUUGUUGGCUUACCCUCUUUGUGUUGUCAGGAAUUUUUACGAGAGCUUGGGGUUGGGGUUGGGAGCUGCUACUGGUGCUACGGGCUGGGAGGGUUUGGGAGUGAUGGGGAUGGAUGGUUUGGAGAUGGAGAUGGGAAUGAAUGUGGGAGGAGGUGGAGGGACGAACAGUAUCAAUAUGGGCGGUAUGAAUCCCGGUAUGAAUGGGAUGGGAAGCAUGAAUUACUCAGCAGGCAUGGAGAACUUGAAUAUCUACUCGAUGACAACAUCGACAACUACGACAACGCCAGGCAUGAUGCUGCAACAACAACAACAACAACAACAACAACAAACCCAGGCCCCGCCGCCGGACGGCCGCCUUGAAGUUCUCUGGUGCGAUCAUUUCAGAGAAAAAUUGAAAGCUAAAGGGGCGGAAAUAUCCCACGCGAUUAUGGGGCAGGAACAUGGAAAGAAGAGGUGGAGGGAGGUUGCUGCUUUUGGGUACUAG